AACGCCAGCUGGCCGUGGCCCAGCCGAAGCGCGUCAGUUAGACGGCAACUUUUGUGGGACACGGUGCGUGCGGACGGACGGGUGAAGCGGAGAGCGAAGAGCCAAGAGGACGCGGCGCUUGUUUCAAUUUGCUGGCCUGUUAAUGGCACUUGUCGAUAUUGAAACUAUAUAUAUAUCUAGAUAUACACAUACAUAAUCAUGGCGGCCAACAGUGCAAAGUAAUAUGUUUGAAGAUUGUGAGCGAAAAAAUUUAUAGAAAAUAUGCCGGAGGGAAAGUUUUCGUAUGCGGCUUAGGCGACAGGACGACAGCAGGAAGGACGAGCACAUAGAAUGGAUUAUGGUGGCUGCUGGCUGCUGCAGCUGGGCAUCUAUAUGCUGCUGGCUAUGCGACGCAUUCAGUGUCUACUUGUGACUGACAUCAAUGUGCCACAAAUUGUUGAUUUUCGUGAUAACGUGACAUUAUCCUGCAGCUAUGACAUAAGUGGUCACACGUUAAAUUCGGUUAAGUGGUACAAAAACGACAGCGAGUUUUUUAGAUAUGCGCCGCUAAUGCAGACCGUUUUUCGUAAGUUCCCGGUGCCGGGCGUGCAAUUGAUCGAUAACAGCUACGAAUGCAAUGAAUCGUCGUGUCGCGUGGACUUGAAUUUAUUGGGCAUCAAAUCGACGGGCGUCUACAGGUGCGAAGUGUCCGGCGAUGCGCCACACUUCAAGCUAACAGCGCGCACGGCCAACAUGAGCGUCGAGGCGCUGCCUCAAAACAAUCCGCUCAUCAGCGGCUUCCACUCAAUGUAUCGUGAAGAUGAUUUCGUCCAGGUCAAUUGUAGCACAGAUUAUUCCAGUCUGGUGACCACGAUUAGCUGGUAUAUAAAUGGCAUCAAGGCCAGCAAACUGGAUCUGCUGCCCAGCGAGGAGACAACGAUUUCGGCGCACGAUUACAAGCUGCAACGCAUUGUGUCGCAGCUGAACUUCUAUGCCAGCGAGCCGCGCUUUCAGCAGCCGCAGCUGCAGCGACUGCAGCAGCGCCAGCAGCAACAGCAGAAGCAGCAGAAGCAGCUGCAGCGACGCCUCGAGCUGCGCUGCGUGGCCGACAUCGGCAGCUAUCCGCAGCUGACGCGAGAGUCUAGCCUGCAGGCGCUGGUCUUCCGGGACGACAUCGAUCGGAAGAACCAGGAGCUGUACAAAUCAGGUGCGCCGCGGGUCGCUCUGCUCGGCGUUCAGCUGCUGUUGGCCGCGACGACCGCAGCGGCGGCAGCCAUCAGCAGCCAGUUGCUCUGCUUGCCGCUGACAUUUCAAUAUGGCGCCCGGAAGUUGACGACACGGACAACUGCAACAGCAACAGCAACAGCAACAAUAGUAGUGGCAGCAGCAGCAGCAGCUGCAACUGUUAGUUUUCACAUUUAACUAGAUUUCACAUUUUGCGUUUGUAAACUGUUUUCUAGCUUUAAGCAACUGAAAUGCACGUGAGAAUUUACAACUACAACUGAUAUAUAUAUAUGUAUGUAUGUAUGUACGUGUAUGUUCGUACAUC